AUGCCAACGACAAAUGAACUAGCCCCGCAGGACCUGCGGUUUUACCGCUCCACGCUCUACCAGCAGGUCUUGGACGGUGGUAUCGCCUCCAAGGCUGGGACGGCGAUGAUGGAGACGCUGAGGGGGGAGUUGAUUGCCUCAAUGGAAAACGUGGAGUUCCCGGAGUACACCGCGGUGUUGGGAGAACUUUAUAAAGUCGUGACGGAUAGCCUCAUCUCAGCCGUGCAUCGAAACGCCCCGCACGAGCGCAUAAACCAAAGCGGAAGUGAAUUCCACAUCGCCACUGAUGAAGGGGAAUAUCAACUCAUGCAGGACGACAUCUACGCCGAGGAUGACGUAGAUGACAUCGAGACUCACAGCAGCAGCAAUAGCCACUCGAAUACCCGGGACUCCGACCCCAAACAACGCAAACGGGACGAAGUAAAGAAGAAGCGCCGCGAGGAGGAGGAAAUGUUGCUCAAUGAAAAGAAAGUCCUGGAUGAGAAAAAUAACGUUUAUCGGACUAUUGGGCCCUUUCCCGCGCCCCGGCUCACCGUACGGUCCUCGCAUAGCAUUUUUCCAAGCCGCAAGGCCCUCCAGCACCGCACCACAGUGGAGACCCCAUCCCCCUCCACCUCUUCCUCCUCGGAUGAUGAGGGCAAAACAACUGUCAUUCCGUCCUUGGGAAAUUCCUCGGAGUGCGGGGACGCAGUGGAUCAUUUGAUUGAAUUUUUAAAACCCCUAUCACUGGAUUCGCUGAAAAAAGUAGGGGAAAGCGCGAAGGCGAAGCUGCGGCCCUCCUCCCCUCACGACGAGUUUGUCCCGCAAAUCGCCAAGACCGCGGUUCGACUGGGCUGCGAAAAAGCAUGCGCUUUGAUGGAUCGUCAAAAAAUUAUCGACGACGUUACCACGCAUGUGCAAACCGGCACCUUACCCACAACCGCCAGCAUUGACUUUUUGAAUACCCUCCCUGACAACCUCAAACAGACCUUGGGGAAUAUUCUCGGACUUCCAGAGGAGAAACCCCCGGUGGUGGAUAUGUGGGAGCGCAUCGUCGCCAUGGGCUUUCUAUCUGUCCUGACGAAUUUGCGGCUGAAGCCGCUGAAGAAAAUCGUCACCGAGUUGAAUAUUGAACUACCCGAAUCAAACUCCACGGAAACGUUUUGUGAGGCCAUCGUCUUCUCCGCGUUUCCGCGCGAGCGACUUCGCGCGAAAAUGUCCAAAGCAAAGCAAAAGCGUGUGAAAUUCGCCGUCCCGGUGGAUGGGAUGUACACCAAAGGGGAUAUGGGCUUCAUCUCCUUCGAAGUCCUCAAUAUUUCGAUGUUGGCCCGGGAGUCGGAUCGGCAUUAUUCCCCCGAAUUCAGCUUUGCCCAGCUCAAAUGGAGUUUAUUAUGCAUGACAAACAAAGAAUCCCUCGCGCUGUAUCUUUGCCAAACCGGCAGCGUUCACUGCAAGUUUCUCAUCACCGUCAUCAACCAGACCAACCAGGACGAUUCAAUCUGCAAUGAGGGCACCCAAAGCUUCUCCGCGGUCUCGCAGGAAAAUGACUGGGGCUUUAACAACGUCAUCAAGUUUAACGACCUGAUGAACCUCGAGCAGGGGUUUGUGAACCCCGAGACGGAUAGCAUUCUUAUCCAGGUCGGCAUCGUCCUCGUGGAGCCGCUCAAACCGGCUGUGGCGCGCGAGAAGUCGGCCCCGCAAAAGGAAAAAAAAGCCCCCGCCCCCAUCGUCGAUGAAGCCGCGGUCCGGCAGCUUCUGGAGGACGAGAAAACCGAGAACCUCCGGAAGAAAAUAAAGCAAGACCUUAAUAAAACUAUUAAAGAGGAAGAACGAACCCGAAAAGAUAUCGCACAACGAGGGAUUAAGGCAUAUCAUGAUUUGUCAGAGCGCUUACGGCAAGAAACGAAGCGGGUUUUGAAAGAACUGGCGGACCGCGAGCGACGGGAAGAGCAGGAACGACAGAUGGAACUCGACAAGAUUCGACAUGCUCAGGAGCAAACCGCGGAAAUGAUGAAGAAGCUUGAAAAGCUGAAGAAAGAGAAUGUUGAACUGAAUCAGGAAAGGCAACAGCUCACACACGACGCAAAGGAAGCGAAGAUACAUGCCGAAAAGCUCACCCAGGAACUCAAAGGAAUUGUAGACAAGGUGCAGUCUGCCCAGCAGAAGGUGAAAGUGCAGGAAAAGAAGCUCGAAUCGGUCCGAAUUUCUUAUCAAAACCUCGCGGACGAAGGAUCGGUCACGUCAAGCCCCUCAGAGGAGGACGAAACCGACUUCAUAAAUGCAAAUCUCACGCGGCUUAUUGAUGAGAUGACAGUGGACAUGUAA